UUGCCAUAUAACUACCCUUAAGCAGUAGUUUAGUCGUCUCUUUCUCUGGGCAGCUGAUUCGGUGAUCCCAAAGAUUCAGCCCGAGUCAUAAACUCGGAGCUCGAACUCAAUCACAGAGAGAGAAAGAGAGUCGAUUUCCUUUUCUCAAAACAAUUAAAAAAAGAAAUCUUUUAUUUUCUGUGAAUUUCUCUUUCGGCACUCUUUGCAACUGCAAUCAUGACCUCAAUUGUGCAAGGCUUUUCCAAGUCUUUGGCCAUGACUGUGCUAUCGGAGAUCGGCGACAAGACGUUCUUCGCUGCCGCGAUCUUGGCAAUGCGCCAUCCCAGGAAACUUGUCUUGUUAGGAUGCCUGGCAGCUUUAAUUGUGAUGACUAUUCUUUCUGCUGUUGUUGGCUGGGCUGCUCCAAAUCUUAUCUCUAGGAAAUGGACACAUCACAUUACGACUCUGCUUUUCUUUGGAUUUGGCCUGUGGUCUUUAUGGGAUGCAUUUAUGGAGAAUGGGGAGGCUGAAGAAUUGGCUGAAGUUGAAGCAAAACUGGAUGCUGACUGGAAGGCAAACCCAGGAACAUUCAAGGGGGGCAAUAAGGCUGAUGAUGAUUCAAAAAAGGAGAGGCGGCCAUUUCUCACACAGUUCUUCUCUCCCAUAUUUCUGAAGGCAUUUUCCAUCACAUUCUUCGGUGAAUGGGGCGACAAGAGCCAGCUUGCUACCAUUGGUUUGGCUGCAGAUGAGAAUCCAUUCGGUGUGGUUCUUGGUGGAAUUUUGUUGCACUCUCGGGUGGAGUUCUUUUCAUUGUUUUUGGAAUCCAAUCCCUCCUCUCAACAGAGUCUUGACGACUUACUAAUGCCUAUUCCUAUAGAAGAGAUUAAGGUAGCUAUUUUUGAGCAAAAUGGCAAAAAGGCUCCUGGUCCGGAUGGGUGCACUGCCCAUUUUUUUGUUAGGCAAGCUGAGCGAGAUGCGAUACGUGCUGCUCUGCAGGCAACAAUGAAGGCAAUGGUGGCAAUAAGAAAGAGCCAGGCAAUAAGGGUAAUGAAAAGGAAGACGGUGAGAAUGAUGGCCAAAUAGAGGAUAGCGAUGAAGAUGAUGAAGCGGAUAACGAGGAAGAUAUGGAAGAAAGUGAAGAAGAUUAGUGCUUGAGCAAAGUGGAAGGUGCAAUACAACUUCCAUUUUCUGAUUAAAUGACAGACACUUGACAUUAGCCAUGUUCUUUACAUGGGGAAGAUGCUUAUCUGGAGUGAGGAUCUGAUAAGCUUUUGUGCCAGUUAGCCUCUUGUUUUUGCCUUUUUACUUCCCAGCUUUGUUUGUUUCCUCCUGAAUUUUGGCUUAAGUUUGUUGUAGAAGAUCCAUAGAUUUUGAUAUAAGAAAGAAAAGGUCAUAUUUUCAACUUUUUUUCUCAAAA